CAAGCCCCAAGACCAUGCACUAAUACAAGCACUGGGACUGCAUGAUGCACCCGCGCAAGUACCAGGAUGAUGUGCUGCACACAUGCAAAGGCUACGACUUUCCAGGGCCCGCGUGGGGGGCCUUCGAGGUGGAUGUGUGGCCAGUGGAAGCCGUGGUACCAUUCGGUGGGACACUCCAGCUGAACUGCAGCACCACAUGCCUGGAUCCCAGCACCCGCGGCAGCCUGGAGACAUCCCUUACCAAGGGCCAGAGCAAAAAUGGGACUGGCUGGGUGGCCAUGGAGCUGGUGGAUGUCACAGAGUGGGAGUCUUCCCCCCUGUGCUACUUCAACUGCGGUGGCACCAAGAAGACAACAGCAGCACGGAUUUCACUGUACCGAGUGCCAGAGCAGGUGAUACUGGAACUGCCACCUGUGCUGGAGGAGGGCAAGACCUACCCUGUGACCUGCUGGGUGAGCAAUGUGGCGCCCAUGAGGAACCUCACUGUGACCCUGCAUCUCGGGGGCAAAGUGCUGCACGCGAACAUCCAGGGGGAUCCCAGGGUCGGUGCUACUAACAUCACAGCCACCUUCAACAUGACAGCGCAGCACGGGUACCAUGGGCAGGACAUUGCCUGCCACACAGAGCUGGACCUGCGGCCCCACGGGCCUCUCCUCAAGAACACCUCUGCCCCCAUCAACCUCAGUGUGUACACCUUCCCAGCAGCCCCACAGCUCCGAGCCCCCCACCGCGUGGAGGCUGACACAGAGGCAAACGUCAGCUGCUGGGCAUCUGGUAUCUUUCCGGCUGUGGUGGCCCAGGUCAGCCUGCGCCUUGGGAACCAGAGCCUGGAGGUCUCCAUCGCUACCUCAGGGGACAUGGUAACAGCCCAAGCCACAGUGCGGUUCCUGGAGCCUGGAAAGCAGGAGCUGCACUGUACUGUAUCCAUGGGGCCUGUCACCAGAGCCACUGAGGGCCGUGUGGAUGUUUAUCGCUUUCCUGCCCCCAUCCUGGAGCUCAGCGACCCUGAGCCCCUUGUGGGCACCAAUGUCACCCUGACCUGCCACUCCCCAGCCACCAACCCCCCUGGCGUGUGGCUGCAGUUGCAUGAGGCAGAGCAGAUCCUGGCAUCUGGGUCACAGCCCCAGCUCCAGCUCAUGGUGCACAAGGGGGACCAUGGUCGCCAGUUCAUGUGUGACGCAAAUCUCACUGUGGGCAGUGGGACCGUGGUGAAGAGAACAUCUGCUCAGCUCACCGUGCGCUCACCUCCAGAGCUGCCUGAGGCCAGCUGCCCAAGUACCCUGACAUGGGUGGAGGGGACGCAGCGCGCCCUCCACUGUGUGGCCACAGGGGUCCCAGCACCGGCCGUGGCCUGUUCCAAAGAUGGCAUGGAGCAGCAGGUGGGCACAGAGCUGCAGGUGACCCGUGACCACGCCGGCACCUACAUCUGCCAUGCCAGCAAUGCACUGGGCACCCAGAACCACAAUAUCAUGGUCCACGUGGAAUACCCGCCACAGAUGGAUGAUGCCGGAUGCCCCCCACAACGCACGUGGCUGGAGGGCCAGCAGCAACAGCUGGUGUGCGUGGCUGAUGCCAACCCCAAGGCCAACGUGGUCUGCAGCCUGGACGGACAGCCAUAUGACAUCACCCAGAAGCAAGGCACCAUGCGGGGCCAGGCUGGCAUCUACCAGUGCCGUGCCACUAACACCCAUGGAUCCACUGCCCGCAACGUCACUGUCAGGGUAGAGUAUGGGCCUGAGAUGGACGACACCAGCUGCCCACAGAACUGGACCUGGGUGGAGGGGCUGGAGGAAGCCCUCACCUGCAAGGCCCAGGGCAACCCCACACCCAGCAUCACCUGUAGCUGGAAUGGGCAGCACCAAGCCCUUGAGGUGCCACAGCUGGUCACAAGGGAGCAGAAUAGGACCUACAUGUGCAUCGCUGCCAACCAUCAUGGGAAUGUCACUCGGGCUGUGUCUGUCCGUGUAGAGUACAAACCUCACAUGGACGAGUUGAGCUGCCCCAGCCACCAGACGUGGCUGGAGGGGACAGAGCUGGCACUGGCCUGCAAAGCUGAUGGAGAGCCUCCUGCAUGGGUCCAAUGCACCCAGGAUGGGACCAUGCGGACACUGACUGGGUACCACAAUGCCUCCAGGAAUGACUCCGGCCUCUACUCGUGCAUGGCCACCAACAGCCACGGCUCAGCACAGAGGGCGGUCACCGUACAGGUGGACUACAGUCCCGUGGUCUUGGCCCUUGAUGUCCAGCCAUCCCCUACUGUCCUUCAGGGCUCUGACUUCAGCAUCCACUGCAGCGCUGAGGGCUCUCCAGUGCCCACUUAUAGCUGGGUGCUGCCCGUGGCCCCUAACCUCAACUACUCGGCUGACAACAGCACUGUGAUGAUAUUGGGCGCUGGGGCUCACAACUCUGGGUCUUAUGUCUGCACGGUUGCCAACUCCUAUGGUUCGCACAUUCGGAAUAUCACCAUCCAGGUGGCAAGAGGUUGGCAGUACGACCUGACAGUGGUGGCGAUUGUGGUUGUUGUGGUGCUGGCUCUGGUUGGGACAGGCGGCUUCAUUUACUACCUCAAGACCACUGCCUGCAAGAAGGGUGAGUACAACGUCCGUGAUGCAGAGAACUCCUCUGAAGCCACCUGCCUGCACCGCGAGCCGCCGGCUGAUGGGGAGGUCUACGGCAUCCAGCUCACCCAGACCUGAGUGGGCCAGGAGCCAGCCUGACCCCUCCUGCUCUGCCCUGUCCUGGCCAGCAGCCCACAGCUCUCCAAGCCCCUUGGAUCCCUGCUGGGCUCCUGUUCUGCAGCUUGUGGCCCUCCACAGGGGCUGGGCACUGUUGGCUCUGCACUGCUUCUGCCAUUUCUCUCCUGCUCUCUCUGACUUUGGGAGGGAACUUUUGGCCUCAGUGAUACCUGACAAGACGCCAGGAGAUGCCUGUCUUCACAGGAUGUGCCGGGAUAUUGUGUUGGGGUUCCCAGGGGUGGAGCUGGCAGCCCUCACUCCACCACCCACAGCACUGAGGUGCAAUGAGUCAGUCAGGUCUCCGCUGCAUCCCUGGCAGGUCCCUUGCACCCCCCACCCUCCCCUAAUGUCCAAAGCAACUUUCACUUCCUCAAGUCCUGAAAACUCAUGCCAGGAGGUCCCCUUCCCUGCAGCGCUGGUCACUGCUCACUCCUGGUCCCAGCCUGGGACCAGGGACCCCCAGUUCCCCCAGACAGUCUCCUCAGAGGUCUCCUUGGCCAGAGAAGCUGCAGAUUCUCCAUCAAUGGAGGGGUUCAAGGAGAGGCUGGAUAGCCCCAGCUGGGGAGGAUCUAGGUGCAGCGAUGCCUGUGCUCUGCUGUGGAGAUUUCUGAGGCAUCAGGGCUUUGCUGGUUGCCUUCUCCCCUUUUUCUGCUACCUGUAUCAGGGUUUUUAAGCCUCCCCCAGAGGCGUUGGCUGUUGGCUGCAGCCCAGGCUGGGGGUGGUGGCUGGGCUGUGCCAAUGCUGGGACCAAAGCCUGAAGUUCCUGGCUAGAGGGUCUUGCCCCUCUGCUCAGGUCAGACCAACACCAGAUUUGGGGUCAGGAAGGAUUUUAACCCAUGGUCAGAUCGGUAUGGACUUGGGGGGAGGGGGGGGGGUUGCCUUUCUCUGCAGCAGGGCCAUGGCCUCUGCCUGACAUCUCUUGAAUGUAUAUGAAUCCCCUUUACAGCAGCAGGAUGUUGGUGGCAACAGCCACCCUGCUGUCCCUGGGGCAAUGUCUGGUGCUGUGUCAGGGGUGACUUGUGUUGCUCAGAGGUCAGACCGUGGGUUUGUCUCAGAUGGUUUGGAUAGGGCUGCUCCUGCCUCAGGCGGGGGUUUGGACUCAGUGUGCCCUCCGGAGGUCCCUGCCAGCACCACUUCUCCAUGACUGUAUGAAUGCUGUGAACACAGCUCCAGCCCAGGGCUGAGCAGAGCUGCUGCAUUACUGACAACUCUUGAGGGGCAAGAAGAUUCUCCCUGUGCUGGCUGGGGGUGGGGGACGGGCCGCGUGCGUUAUUUGCUGCCCGCCUGGUCUCUAGCAGCUGCUGCCUUCCACGUGGCGGGGAUGUCUCAGGGAUGCACCUGCAGCGAUGGGGGGAGCAGAGAAACACCCCCCACCAUGGCCUCAGCUUGUGGGUGGCGCAACCUCUCCUAGCAGCUGAGACCUGAGUCCUCUGGGGCUGAGGGUGCUCUGGGAGCUGGAGCACUGACACCUACCCUGCUGCCUUGGACCAGCCCCCAGCGUGGAUCUGCCUGGCACAAGGGUAAGCUCUGACUUCCCUUCGCGGGGGAACUGUGGGAACGGCCCAGACAGCCUCAGGCUGGUGCCUCGCCUGCCCAGUGCUACUAGUUCUUGAUGCAACUGCCAGAGGCCCCUUUUUUCUCCCACUAUUGCACAAACAAAACAGGCAGCACUCAGGCUCCCUCCCCUGCCUUGGGCCCAGGCCCAGCCUGUCCUGGGACUGGGUUUGAGUCUAGUGUCUUCCUAGAUGCACUGGGUUCAGAGCCUGGUAUGGGAAGAAGAGGUCAACCUGGAUUUUCUCCGUUCAAACCUGGGGCAGCCAAACUGUUGCUUUGCUGCUUCCUUGCACUUGCCGUGGGCUGGGAGGGAGAACACAGGCACCUUGGGGCAGAGGGAGACCAGGGUGUUCCUUGGUGUACACUAGAUCAGCCCAGAUGCUGCUGACUUGGCUCUCUGGCUUGGUGCUUCUCUGUGGGCCCUGAGCAGUGGAUGACCUGCUCUGGUCCCCUCCAGCCUCUGCCCCUGCUCCAUGGGGGAGCUCUCGGGAGGCUGUUGGGGGGGGGGGCAUGGGGUGCUCCAACAGGAGUGGGGUCUGACAGGGGAGUCCACUGAUGGGAGGCUUAUGGGGUGCUCUGUGUGU